AUGGGGCUAGAAGGUAAAGUGGCAUUAAUAACAGGUGGAGCCAGUGGCAUUGGCGGGAGCACAGCUCGACUUUUUGUUCAACACGGAGCCAAAGUUGUGAUUGCAGACGUUCAAGAUGAUCACGGAAGCUCAAUUAGUGAACAACUUGGCGGCCAUGAAACCAUCUCCUAUGUUCACUGUGAUGUUACAUGCGAUUCCGAUGUUCGAAACGCCGUCGAUUUAGCUGUUUCAGAGUACGGGAAGCUCGACAUCAUGUUCAACAAUGCCGGGGUAGGCGGUUUGGAGACCAGUAUUCUUGAUUCAAGCAAAGAAAAAUUCAAGAACGUUAUGGGUAUCAAUUUGUACGGUGGAUUCUUAGGCGCUAAACAUGCCGCCAGGGUCAUGAUCCCGGCGAAGAAAGGCUGCAUUCUCUUCACCGCUAGAGUGUUGUCGGUGUUGGGCGGUUUCUCCGAGCAUGCGUACGUGGCGUCGAAGCAUGCGGUGGUGGGGUUGGCUAAGAGUUUGUGUGUGGAGAUGGCGCAGUAUGGGAUAAGGGUUAAUUGCAUUUCACCGUAUGCAGUCGCAACACCGUUGUUGACGAACGGGACCGGGAUAGAGAAAGAAGAGCUCGAAAGCUUGGUUUCGGAGGCCGGUAACUUGAAAGGGAAGAUUUUGGAGGUGGAAGACGUGGCGGCAGCGGCAUUGUAUUUAGCCGGUGACGAGUCCAAGUAUUUGAGCGGCGUCAAUUUGAUGGUGGAUGGAGGGUAUAGCAUCACUAACCCUUCGUUGCCAAUGGCAGCCAAAAGCUUUAUGUCUUAAUUUCUGGU